UGUAACAGCACACCAUACUCAACCGAACUCGUUUGGCAUCCCAUAAUAAUCCAAACACUACUUUGUUUGUUUGGAGGAAGUCCUCCAAGGUAUAUAGUGACAGGGAAUGGGAUGAAGGGUGGUAUAAUCUAAGUAUUGUUACUGCAGAUGAGAUGCCAAGCAGCAUGCUUGCGUGUCAAUACAGGAGAGCAGUGCCAUUGCAGUACUGAAUAUCAACUUAAAGAACUUCCAACUUUAUUGGUUAAAACUAUGUCUCCUUUAAUGUUGUUUUGAUGGAGCAAAUGAUCAUGUGGAUAGGAAACAGUUCUGCAGAAUUCAUUUAAACUCAGAGAUUUGUCUGCCUUUGAUGCCAACUGGCACAGUGUUCUUACGGCAUUGGCUAAAGCAUAGAGAUGGAUUUACGGAUUGAGAAGAAGCUUGUACAGAAUAAAGUCUUUAGCUAAACCAGUACUUGAGAACGUGUCGUGUUUGGUCAUUUAUCGCCGUUUAUUGUAUUGUCGAUCAUCGGGGCAGGCACAGUAAGAACACUAUAGAGCCAUAGGCGAUGCACUGCACGUACUAUGGAGAGAGUCGACUUCAACAUAGUUCCAAUCGGUAUGGGAAUGUCAAUAAGCCUGAUGCCACUCAACGGAUCCUCUACAAGACAUCAGGUCAACAUCGUUACGAGAUUAUUGUAGAUUGCAGUGGAACUAUUAAUUUCAAUUCUCAUCGUCAAGUGAACCGCUGUUAAUUCAUGGACAAUUAUUAGACUUCAUGGAUACUUCAGAGACAUAUUCAAUUCGCGGGACUCUUAGUUUUCAACUCUCAUUGCCAAGUGAACUGUUAUGCGCCUCUUUUUAGCCAUAUCGGCCGACUUCAAGGAUGUUCAACUGAACUUCAUCUACUCAAGCAGCAUCAGUUCAAGUAAGAUCACAAUGAGCAAGUAUUCAUUCCUAGAAACAACGAUGAAUUAAAUCAAAGAGAAAAAUAUAUGUAGACUUGAUCUUCAAGAUUCAUGGUAAGGUGAUACCGGCAAAUGAAUUUUCUUUUGUAAAUCUACCGAUUAUCUAAUUGUGAAGACUCGAGUAUUAUAUCAUGAAAGGUAUUUGAAUAUGUUUUGAAAUAUUCAUGUUCACAUAUAUGUGUAAAAAUUUGUGUAUAAAUUUAUAAAUGUAUCAUAAUGCCUUUUAAGAAUUCUAGGCAUCAUUACUGAAGUCAUGUUAGAUAAUUAGGGCAUUUCAAUGUCUAAUUAGAUCUCUGUUUCUAUGAUUGUGCUUCUUUCAUUAAUAGAUUCACUGGUAAGGAAAAUCUUGUGCGUAUGUCGCGUUAGAUAUUGUGUGUAAAUCGCAUUGUAAUUCAGCUACAAGUUGUUAAACUAUAAAUUGUUGGUUGGUUACAUAGUGCUUUAUUUUAGUGCGCAAGUAAAGGCUGUUAACUGUGACAAAUUUUCGCCACAUUUACUUCAUCAAGUUAAGGCAAUCAUGACAGAUGUGCAAGCGCGAAAAUCAUCAAGGGAAAGACAGCCCACUGAAAAAAUGUCAGCUUUGCAAGCCAGUGAAGAGGUUAAGAUAGAGCGAAAGUUUUUUAAAGCAUAUGGCACUCUAAAAACAAAAGUGAAAGAAGCACGGGAAGUGGUCAAAACAGGGAAAGAGGAGGGAUUGAUCAGGCAACAAAUAGAAGGUCUCGAAGAAGGAGAAAAGGAGUUGGUAGAUAUUUUCGAAGUUUUGAGGAAGAAUAAGGCUCCCAUCAGAGAAGUGGCGACAAGGAUGGACAGGGCAAAUGCCAUGGUAAGGGAUGGUAUAAAUGCCCUUGAAGAGGUGUUGGGGUCAUUGGUAGGACCUUUUGAUGCUGAAGACCGUAAGCAAAUAGCAAGAGAACUCUUGAAACAAGAGUACGCGCAGUCGGUCUUCAGCUCAUCCUUAAGUGAGGUCCCAGGAGCUGAAUCAAGUCAGCUUCCUGAAGAAACACCAAUCCCUGACACUAGUAGUCUUGCCAGUCGUCGAACGGGGCCUUCUCAUGACAAGGCUUCCUCUCGACCUCCUUCCGAUGAAGAAAAUGAUAAUCCAUCAGCAUUCUCCAGAGCAUCAUCUAUCGCCAGCCAGCAGAAGCCUUCUCAGUCAACAUUAGAUAUGCAAGGGUUUGCACAGACACUUGCAGAUAGCAUGUACCGGACUAGGCUUCCGGUUCCGGUUCCCUCAACUUUCAGCGGAAACCCUCUCGAAUUUGUAGAGUUCGAGAGGAGUUUCACCACCUUAAUAGGUGAUAGAAUUUCUGCAGCUGAGAAAUUAUAUUACCUCAGGCAGUAUGUGACAGGACCAGCAAGAGAGGCUAUUGCUGGUUUCUUUUACGGAUCAACAGAAUCUGCUUACGAAGGUGCAUGGAAAAGCCUUAGGGAAAGAUACGGUCAUCCAUUUAGGGUGCAGCAGGCGUUUAGAGACAAGCUUAACAAGUGGCCUAAAAUUUCUGCAAGGGAUCCGGAGGGUCUGCAGAAGUUUGCAGAUUGUCUAAAGGCUUGCAAUGAUGCAAUGCCUUAUGUUGACGGACUUGCAGUCUUAAACGACUGCAAUGAAAAUCAAAAACUCCUUGGGAAACUGCCUGAUUGGUUAAUAACCAGUUGGAACAGAAUUGUCUCUGUAGACCUUGAAAAGGGGUUUUAUCCUUCCUUUUCUAAGUUUUCAAAGUUUGUUGCUCAAGAGGCAAAGAUCGCAAAUAAUCCCAUCUCCUCUUUAGGAGCUGUCAAGGGACAAGAAUCCUUUGCAGAUUCAGGCGCAAAGGCCUCCAAGGCCAAACGUGAUGGCCUGAAGAGGGGCUCCGCCCUGGCUACCAAAGGUGAAGAAAAGCCUUCUAAUAGUACAAACAGUCAGAGGCAAAAGGGUGGCACAAAGUCUAAGGAUUCAAAGACUUGUGCCAUGUGUUCAUCUGCAGAGCACCAGCUAGAGAAAUGCCAGAAGUUCAAAGAUAAAACACUGUCUGAGCGGAAGGAGUUUAUUAAGAAAGGUGGACUGUGCUUUGGAUGCCUGCGUAAAGGGCACAUGAGCAAAGAGUGCAAGAAGAGGCUCACAUGUGAGGUGUGCAGCAAGCGCCAUCCAUCUCUACUCCAUGAAUAUCGAGUUGGUACGGAGGCCACAAGUCAGUCUCCUAGCCAAGGAGGCCAAGAUGGAAUGGAUCAUGUAUCCACCACCUCACAUAAAUUACACUUUGGAAAAUCAAUCAACACAUCUAUGAUUGUUCCAGUGUGGGUGUCUUCAGAACAGUGUCCUUCUCAUGAAAUACUCACAUAUGCUCUGUUAGAUACACAAAGCGAUGCCUCAUUUAUCCUUGAAGACUUGGCUGAGGCUUUAAGAGUUCAGAGACAACCUGUGAAGUUACAGCUGUCCACAAUGACGUCGUCAUCUACGAUUCAUUGUGACUCUGUAUCCAACCUUGUAGUAAGAGGUAUGACAACUCCCACGAAGCUCAACAUUGCUAAAAGUUACACCCGCAGUUUUAUUCCUGCAGACAGAGACCACAUUCCUACGAGGGAUACGGCUGACAAGUGGCCGCAUCUUCAAGAAGUAGCUCGAGAAAUGUCGGCUCUACAAGGGUGUGAAGUUGGGCUAUUAAUAGGGUACAACUGCCCUCGAGCUUUAGUACCAAGAAAUGUUGUCACUGGCAAUGACACAGAGCCUUACGCCAUUCAAACCGAUUUGGGUUGGAGCAUUAUUGGUGUAUCAAAUCCAAAAGGUGACACAAGUCACUGCGGAAGAGUUGCAACUCGAGAGUGUCCUGGAAUAACUCCCAAGGAUGUCUUAAGAGCGUUGGAGCCUGAUUUCAAGCAGGAAUCAAAUAGUGACACGUCCGUCUCGCAGGAUGAUGUGGAAUUCAUCAACUGCCUAGGGGAAAGUAUUUCUCGGAAUGAGGACGGUCAUCUAGAAAUGCCGCUGCCCUUCAAGAAAAGGCCAGAGAUGCCAAACAACAGGCGUCUUGCAGAAGUAAGGUUACGCCAUCUUUCGAAGAAGAUGGAACGCGAUGAUGAAUACAAGGUUCAGUAUAAGGCCUUCAUGUCCGAAAUCAUCGAACGAGGCUAUGCUGAACGUGCUCAUGAUGAUGGCCAAGAAGGGAGCACAAAUUAUAUCCCUCAUCACGGCGUCUUUCAUCCUCAAAAGAGAAAACUGAGAGUAGUCUUUGACUGCGCUGCAAGGUCUGGUGGCACUUGCCUCAAUGAUCACCUACUUAAAGGUCCUGACCUGACAAAUUCACUGACAGGUGUGUUGCUCCGGUUUCGACUCCAUGAGGUGGCAUUGAUGUGCGACAUUGAAAAAAUGUUCUUUCAGUUUCGUGUCACGGAAAGCCAUCAAGACUUCCUCCGCUUCUUAUGGUGGGAGGGAGGUGAAACACAGAACCAGCCAGUCGACUUUCGGAUGAGGGUACAUCUGUUUGGUGCUGCAUCCUCACCAGGCUGUGCGAAUUAUGGCCUGAAGUACCUGGCCAAUGCUCACAAGGAUGAGUUCCCCUUAGCUGCUUGUUUCAUAAGCAGAAACUUCUAUGUGGACGACGGCAUAACAAGUGUGCCAGAAACGGAGGAUGCUAUCCGUCUGGCAAGAGAAGCUGUUAGUCUUUGCAAGAAGGGUGGCAUUAGGCUACACAAAUUCGUAUCCAACAGCAAGAAAGUCAUUGAGAGCAUUCCAGACUCGGAACGUGCCUGUGGGAUUUCUGGUCAAGACCUCAGUUUUGAGGAUUCCUUAGAACGGGCUCUCGGAAUCUGGUGGAACGUUGGUAACGAUCACCUUUGCUUCAAGAUAUCGCUUAAGGAUCAACCAAGUACGAGACGAGGUAUUCUGUCGACUGUGGCAUCCUUGUAUGACCCACUUGGUUUUGUGGCUCCCGUAGUACUGAAAGGGAAACGGAUAUUACAAGAGAUGUGCCGCAGUGGAAUCGGAUGGGAUGACCCAAUCCCUGAGACUUUGCAGCCAGCAUGGGAUAGCUGGAUUGCAGAGCUUCCGAAACUAGAGAAACUCCAGAUACCUAGAUGUCAUCACCCCCCUGAAUUUGGUCCAGUAUCAGUUGUUCAGCUCCAUCACUUCUCCGAUGCAAGCACAUCAGGUUAUGGCCAGUGCUCGUAUGUGAGACUGGUGAACAACAAGGGAGAAGUGCAUUGUUGCCUGAUUUAUGCCAAGGCUAGAGUGGCGCCAACCAAGGUAGUCACCAUACCUAGGCUGGAGCUAACGGCCGCAGUGGUGUCGGCAAAGGUGAGCACAAUGCUUAAAAAUGAACUGGAGCUUAAAGGAGUUCAAGAGUUCUUUUGGACUGAUUCUCGGGUGGUCUUAGGAUAUAUCAACAAUGAGGCUCGUCGGUUCCACACCUUUGUGGCAAAUAGAGUACAACUCAUUAGAGAUAGGACUCCUCAAGAGCAAUGGCAUUAUGUUCCUACAGAGGAAAACCCGGCUGAUCACGCAUCAAGAGGGAUGGGUCCGGAAGAAUUAGUUAAUUCUAAGCAAUGGAUGAAAGGACCAGAUUUUCUGUGGGAACAAAAUCUUAGCUUCAAAGUUGAUGUACCACAUCAAUUAAAGCAUGGAGACCCUGAGGUAAGGGUGACCACAUUCUCAACCAAUCUGUCACAACAGGGUCUACUGCAUCGUCUUACCAGGAUCGCCGACUGGUCUAUGAUGAUCAGAGUAUUGUGCCGGUUGAAUGUGGUUGCCCAGAGAAUCAGGCACUCAAAGGAUAUCUCAGUCGUACAAAGUAGAGAAAAGGCGAAAUUGUCCAUCAUUCAGAUGGUACAGAAAGAGGCCUAUGCAGAAGAACUGCAUUCGCUGACCCACCACAAACCUGUGAGAAGUACGAGUAAGAUCCAUGCCCUCGAUCCAUUUGUGGGUGAGAAUGGAGUACUUCGAGUUGGCGGAAGGCUGCAAAAGCUUUCCAUGGGAAUAUCGCACCCAAUCAUUCUCCCAAAGCAAAGUCCAGUAACUGAAGCCCUGGUUCGACACAUCCACCAGAAGGUCCAUCACCAGGGUAGAGGUGUCACUCAAAACGAGUUGCGAGCACAAGGAUACUGGAUUGUCAGUGGAUCCAAAGUUGUGGCGGAGUUAGUGAGGAAUUGUGUGACAUGCAGGCGACUGCGUAGACCAGAAGAGGUGCAAAAAAUGGCAGACCUGCCUGAAGAACGCACCGAACCCACGCCCCCAUUCACAUUCGUUGGCAUGGAUUGUUUCGGACCAUUCAUGGUCAAAAGAGGCCGUUCCGAAGUCAAGCGAUACGGACUGUUAUUCACCUGCUUCUGUUCCCGCGGUGUACACAUUGAGAUGCUAGAUGAUAUGUCCACUGAAUCAUUCAUCCUUGCCCUUCGAUGUUUCAUCGCCAUCAGGGGAGCAGUCCGGCAGAUCCGGUGUGAUCAAGGAACCAAUUUUGUUGGAGCCAGAAACGAACUCCAGGCAGCAAUGAAGGAAAUGAAUGCCGAUAAGGUGGAGGCUUAUCUUGCAGAGAAGCAAUGCGAGUUCGUUUUCAAUGCUCCACACUCAAGUCAUGCUGGCGGGGUAUGGGAGAGGCAGAUUCGAACUAUUCGAAAUGUUCUAAGAGCCACAAUAGAUCUGUGCCCAGGAAGGCUAACAGAUACAGCUCUACGCUGCCUCUUCUAUGAAGCUAUGACAAUCGUGAACAGUCGCCCCUUGUCGAUGGCCAACAUAAAUGACCCGAACGCAGAUGCCCCACUCACGCCAAAUCAUCUGCUCACUUUCAAGACCACCACUCCGCUACCCCCUCCUGGAGAAUUCCCGGAGACGGACAUCUACGCCCGAAAGGCUUGGAGAAGGGUGCAGUUCUUGUUGGAGCAGUUUUGGUCUCGGUGGCGCAAAGAAUACUUGCUGGGGCUGCAGGAGCGCCAGAAAUGGACAAAGCCCCACAGAAAUCUCCAAGUAGGAGAUGUAGUACUUGUUAUUGACCAGGAGGUACCGCGUAUGAAAUGGCCUCUGGCUGUUGUGACAGCAGCUGCUCCGGAUGCAGAUGGUUUGGUGAGAAAGGUCCGUGUUCGCGUCGGUAACAAAGAACUUGAUAGCAAGGGAAGGCCCUUGAAGAAGCCAACAGAGCUUUUGAGGCACAUUCAGAAGAUAGUUCUCCUCAUGGAGUCAAGUUAAUAUUUAGGUAGUUGGCUGUCAACGAUCUGUUCUUUGUUUUGACUUCAAUUAGGCCUUUCUUUCGUGCUUUGGGAGUUUGGAUACUUUAAAUGCUUUGAAUCACUUUCGCCGUGCGCAUUACUAGCAUUCUGCUUCUUUGUGCUUUGUACACAAUGAAAUGGUUCUUUCUCUUUCAGUUUCUAAACUUGUUAACAAAAUUUGUCAUGAUUUCCGUUUUUGAUGAUAGUAGCAACUUGCAAAGGCGAUGUGAUAUAGUUGUCUCCUUUACUUGAGAUAAUGGAAAUUAUUGUUUUUAUUGUAUACCUCCAUAUCAAUGUCAUGAAUUAUAUUGUAGGAGUUAGGGUCAUGUGCUUUCAUACUUUUGAAGUUACAUUUCAGGGUUAUAAAUAAUUUUUAUAAAUAAAUUUUCAGUUGAGUAGAGAGUGCUUAACUUAAGAAAAUUACUUUGGCAUGUAUCAUUAUGGUUAAGGGUUAAACCCUAGGGUAAUUUUGGUGGGAGUGUAACAGCACACCAUACUCAACCGAACUCGUUUGGCAUCCCAUAAUAAUCCAAACACUACUUUGUUUGUUUGGAGGAAGUCCUCCAAGGUAUAUAGUGACAGGGAAUGGGAUGAAGGGUGGUAUAAUCUAAGUAUUGUUACUGCAGAUGAGAUGCCAAGCAGCAUGCUUGCGUGUCAAUACAGGAGAGCAGUGCCAUUGCAGUACUGAAUAUCA